GCAGCGCGGGCCGCUCCCACCGCGCGCGGCGGGGGGGUGGGAGAACACCGGCGGCUGGCGGGGGCUGGCCCCCGCCCCCGGCGCCGCCCGCCCCGCUCCCCCGGCACCGCCCGCCUCUCCUCGGCCGCUCUCCUCGCGCGUACUUGCGUGGAGGGGCCCGUCCCCUCCAAGCCGCCCCGCCUGGCCGGCCACGGGCGGUGCCCCCGCGCGGGGAAUGGUUUCUCCCAGCUCCCCGCUGUAACCUCCCGCUCCUCCUCCCGCUAGUGCCCGGCUCGGCAGGCGCCGCUUCGGGUGCUGCCGCCCGGGAGAGCCCGGCUGCGCCGCCCGUCAGGCGCGGCGCGCUCCGCCCGGCCGAGGAUCGGAGCGCUCGACGGCCUCCCACCCUCCGCCCCGACAGAAAAACACCCCCUUUCUAUGUUUCUGAUGGUUUGGAUACAUUCCACGUACUUCCAAAGGGGUCUGCCUGCCAAUUUGGGAAUAUUAGAAGAGGCCAGGACAUGAAGCCUGUCAGCAGUUAUUAGGGAGAAAAUACCUAGAAGGGGUUAAGAAAGAGAUCUAAAAAGUACCAGGGAUAGGAUAAAUGGGAAGGAGCUGCUGCAGUGGCAUGUCUCUCCCUGGUGUACCAGCACUGUCUGAAACUGUAUCAGCUGUCAAUUACUGAUAGAAAAAUCUCUUUCCAGAGGGCUGAAUCUUCAUAUAAUUUCAGCAAUGCAACACUAGUGAUAUCCACCCAUUCCAGAACUAAUAAUUGCUACAGCCAGAGACUGAAAUGGUAUGACUGGAUCUUUAAAUAAGUUGGCUUUGACAGCUCCAUCAUUUUCUGAGAACUUGGAACGGAAUUUGGGCUUGGCUUCUGUACUGUCCUAAGUUAUAAUGCCAUCCUUGCCUAAUGAGGGAGAUAACCAUGGAACUGCUCCUCUGACUUUGAGUUCGGAACUACCCUACCAAAGCACAAUUAAAAGAAAAGUCAGAAAGAAGAAGAAUGGAGUCAUCACUGCAAAUGUUGCUGGCACAAAAUAUGAAAUUGUACGUGUAGUGAUACGAGAAAUGGGAUUUGUGAAAACACGUGAUGAAGAUGAAACAGCUAAUCUUAUAUGGUGUGAUUCUGCUGUGCAACAAGAAAAGAUUGCUGAACUUCGGAACUACCAGAGAAUCAACCAUUUUCCAGGAAUGGGAGAGAUCUGCAGAAAGGAUUUUCUGGCAAGAAACAUGACUAAAAUGAUCAAGAGUCAGCCUCAGGAGUACAGUUUUAUUCCUCGAACAUGGAUCUUCCCUGCAGAAUACACACAGUUUCAGAACUAUGUAAAAGAACUGAAGAAGAAACGUAGACAGAAAACUUUCAUAGUCAAACCAGCUAAUGGUGCAAUGGGACAUGGGAUCUCUUUAAUAAGAAAUGGAGAAAAGUUACAAGCUCAGGAUCACUUGAUUGUUCAGGAAUAUCUUGACAAACCAUUUCUUAUGGAAGGCUACAAGUUUGAUUUACGUGUGUAUAUUCUUGUAACCUCCUGUGAUCCAUUAAAAGUAUUUUUAUAUCAUGAUGGACUGGUGAGAAUGGGCACGGAAAAGUAUCAUCCCCCCAGUGACUCAAAUUUGAGUCAAUUGUAUAUGCAUCUGACUAACUACUCUGUCAAUAAACAUAAUGAACACUUUGAACGGGAUGAAACAGAAGACAAAGGAAGCAAACGCUCCAUAAAAUGGUUUACUGAGUUUUUAGAAACAAAUAAUCUUGAUGUCUCCAAAUUCUGGAGUGAUAUUUCAGAGUUAGUAGUGAAGACUCUCAUAGUUGCAGAGCCACAUGUUCUUCAUGCUUAUCGCAUGUGCAGGCCAGGGCAAGCACCAGGAAGUGACAGUGUCUGCUUUGAAGUCCUGGGAUUUGAUAUUCUGCUGGACAGAAAACUAAAACCAUGGCUCCUAGAGAUUAAUCGUGCCCCAAGCUUUGGAACAGAUCAAAAAAUAGACUACGAUGUCAAAAAAGGUGUUCUGUUGAAUGCAUUAAAGCUUCUCAACAUACGGACAAGUGAUAAAAGGAGGAAUUUAGCUCAACAGAAGGCUGAGGCUCAGAAAAGACUAUAUGGUCAAGGUUCAAUGAAAAAGCUGUUGCCAGGUUCCUCAGACUGGGAGAAGCAGCGCCACACAUUGGAAAGGAGAAAAGAAGAAUUGAAGGAAAGACUUGCACAAGUACGUAAACAGAUUUCCAAAGAGGAGCAUGAAAACAAACACAUGGGGAACUACAGGCGAAUUUACCCUCCUGAUGAUAAGACAUUACUUGAAAAGUAUGAGAGUUUGUUAGCCACUGCUUUCCAGACGUUUCUUGCUGGGAGAGCAGCUUCACUUCAGCGGGAAAUGAAUAAUCCUUUCAAAAGAAUGAAGGAAGAGGACAUUUUGGAUCUUCUGGAGCAGUGUGAAAUAGAUGAUGAAAAGCUAAUGGGAAAAUGCACCAGGCAGCGAGGACCUAAGCCCUUGUGUUCAAUGCCAGAAAGUUCACAGCCCUUAAGAAAACUUAAGAACUACAAUAGUGAUAGUAGCUGUGAUAGCUGUAGCAGUACGUCAGAAUUGGGAGAAGAAACUGAAAAGGAAGAUCACAACGAAAAAAAAGAGAAAAAAGUUUCAUAUGAUCUUGAAGGAAACAAAUACAAAUCUUUGGAAAGAUCAGGUAGAAUGAACUGGAAACCUUUGAUUAAAAAUAUAAAAUCUCCAUCAUACUCAUCCCCCACAUCAUCCACAGGUCCAAUAAGGCGUUCUGUAAGCUGCCCUCGUUCAAUAUCAAUAUUGAGUGCGCAGUCACAGGCAGCUGAGCAACGUCCUUUUUCAGCCAAAGCAUCUCAGCAAAUCCAGCAUGCAUCCUCAGUGAAUAGGUCUCAUUCUUUAAAUCGUAGCCCAUCUUCGGCCAGAGUCGCUCAGACAUCCAGCUUGGGAACUAUGAGCUCCUCGGGGUCAGCUAAUAGAAUUGGAAAGACAUUAAGAUUGUGUCUUCACUGCAACGUGUUAAAGAGUGAGUCUUUGCUGCAACAAAAAACAAAAGAGCAAGAAGUUGCUUUGACAAAAGAAACUCUUCUGAUUAUCAAUGACAUGAGAAUGAAGUUCCCAGGAAAAACAGAUGAAGAAUCAGAAUUAAUGAUAGAAGAUAUUAUGGAUAAUUGGAAGUAUCAUAAAACAAAAGUGGCAUCCUAUUGGUUGGUAAAACUGGAUUCUGUAAAGCAACGAAAAGUUUUGGAUAUAGUCAAGACAAGUGUUUGUGCAGUUCUACAGCGUGUCUGGAAGGUUCCAGACAUUGAAAAUUUACACCUCUACCGUCUCUUUAACCGUGUGUUUAAUCGUUUACUUUGGAGCCACGGUCAAGGUCUAUGGAACUGUUUCUGUAAUUCAAGGAGCUCUUGGGAAACCAUAUUCAGUAAAAGCACAGAGGUGGUGACUCCUGAGCAACUCCAGUGUUGCCAACGAAUAGUACAGCUUUGUAAACACUGCCUGCUGGUGGUUUACAAAUAUUCAUCAGAUUCAAGAGGAUCCUCUACAGGGAUUAGCCCCCACUGGGAUGACACAAGGUAUUUAUUGCCAGGACCUUCACUGCUCAUCAUGAAAUCAUCCUCGCCCAACUUUAGCUGCAGUUCAUCUGGAAUGCCUCGCCCUAACAUUUUGUUCACACACAGAUACAGCCACUUGUGAAGCAAAAGGAAAGUUUCUGUUCUUUGUAAAUAAUGGCACUCCAUUUUUUUUUUUUUCCCAAAUUAAAACUUGUGAUGGAGCUAAAUAUAACCACUGUUAUAUAUUUACUACCACAUUAUGAUAACAUUUAGCUGAAAACCUACUGUAAAGGCAUAGCUUUUCUGGAAACAUAAUAAACCUUGUUAAGUCAUUUACACACAUAUGUGAAUGUGUAGAUCUUGCUAGGUUUAUCAGUAAUGCCUUCGUACUAGAAAUGUUAUUUUUUCUGCAGAAUAUAUAAAAUGGAAUUGAUCUUGAAGAUCUUAUUACAAUGUUACAUUAUUUUGUAAGUACAAUACUUUGACUUAAAUAUUAUUUAUUGUAAAGUAUACUAUUUAUUGUCUCAAAUGUAAUUGAUCCUUUAAUAAGGCAGAUGAUUAAAAAACUGUAGUAGAACAGUAAAACUGUUAUAGUCAUCAGAAAUAAUCUGGUAAUUUCUUGGACAUGUUUAAAAUAAUCUCCAAAACUCUCUAAGCCAAACCUAAAGAUGACUUUUUACUUCUCCUCUGAAAUUAGAAGAUCUAUUUAAUGCUGCUAUUUUUCUUAAAGGACAUGGUAUAGUAUCUUUUAGCCAAAGUGAAGGCAUCUAGUACACAAAAAGUAAAAAUACAGGUUUAGGCAUUCAAUUUCUAAUUGGAUUCAUGUAAUAGAAUGGAAGCCAGUGUAUGUUACCAGGUUCUCAUUCACAUUACCUAUGUCCUGUGCCUUUAGGUUUCCUUCAGGAGCGAUCAGUCAUCUCCAACUUGCACAAGCAUGCAUAGUGCAUAGUUUUUCUGUUUUACUGCAUAAGUGGUGAAGCAGACAUUUUUAGGACAUACUGCAGCUAUAGUGUAUUAUUUCAACCUUAAACUAAUUGGCCUGUUGUAGUUUUUAGCACACAAUCCUGCACCUACUGUGGAAUGUAUUUCUGGACAGUAUUUUCUACAUUGCUGACACCUUUAAAUGUUGUAAGUCUAUUUCAUGAGAAAAGUCUCAGUCAGAUUCGGCUUCCUGGACCUGGCUGAAGGGCACAAAAAACCCCCCGAGCCAGAGCAGGAGCCGAGUGUUAACAGGAUUUGUAACCUGAAAACAUCAUUCAGGUUUUGCUACAUACAGCCAUUCAUCACACUUAGCAUAGUGCCAUAUGAGCCUUAUUCAUUAUAGAAAUAAUUAUUUAAAAAGUCAGUUAAUCUAGAUUUGAAAAUUAAUUAAGUUUUUUAACUGAGUAAAGAACAGAGUAGUUAUUAUUUACCAAAGACGUGUUUACUUACCAAUCAUGUAACCCUGAAACAUGUUUGUAAAUUAUCAAUAUAUUUCAGGUAUACUUAAAAAUAUAAUCUGGGAUCUAAUUAUCCUCAGGAGCAAGUAUGCUAGAGGUUUUUGAUAUCCAGAGAUUUAAGAUAAAUAUAUGAGACUUAAAAUAUUUGAGACUGAAGUUGUCUGGAAAUGAGUUUUUAAAAUUUCAGUCAUAGCAUACAUAAAACUGGGAAUUUGGGUGAGACUUUUGAUGCCUGUGCUGUAGUGCCUCAGCUCUAGAACUGCAGAAUAUAUGAUAGCAAGACUAUUUGUAAACAAUUAAAAAAACUUCUUGAGGUUAGCCAGAUAAAAGCAGUCUUCUGGUCUGUUAAAGUCUUUUCAUUUUUGUGGUAAUACUGGUUUAGUAAUAUAAUAUGUUCAUAUUAAUUGUUUAUAUCUUUUGGUCCAUACAGUGACUAGUGAUGAAGCAUACUAUGGUUACCUGUAAGACCUAAUAAAAGCUGUAAAUUCUCUCUUCUUGGA